UGCUUGGAUGACUUUCUCUUGAGCUACGAUAUUCUUGGGACUUGAACGAAUGUUGUUUUGGUGUCAAUUAUAUUUGCUUUGUUCAAGAUGGAAGCCACAAGUUUCAUCGAACGAGCUUUUAGUGAACUCAGUCUAAAGAAGAACAAGCGAUUGUGGCUCUCGAGUGAUGAAACUAGACUUGAAGAUCGCAUCCGACUUCUCGCCUCGUUUCCAAUCUGUCAAUUUGAGGAGGUGUUUGCCUCCAAUCUGGAUGGGAAGAACCCGAAAUUAGCCUCUCAUUUGUUGGACAAAGCUAAUCUAGCAUUUGCUCAAGGGGACAAUGACACCUCACUCAAGCUGUUGAACCAGAGUUUGCAAUUUGCGGGCGAUUCGGAAAUUGGACAAAUCUAUUUCAGUCGUGCUGCUCUUUGGAGUAGUUUGGGGCAGGACCAAUUUGUCCUGGCUGAUUUGGCCCAAGCCUUGGAGCGAAUAGAAAACGGCUCAGAACAAUACUUGAAAGCUCUGGAGAAACGAGCACAGGCACACGUUCACUUACAAGAGACGGAGAAGGCCAAUGCUGCCAUCGAGGAGGCCCAAGCGAUUUUAGUUCAGAUUCGAACUCGCCUCAAAAAGAACGUGGCAUCGGGUUACGAAAAGCGACUUCAGAAGUUGCUCAAGUCGAACACCAGGGACCAACCCUUGAAAACUCCACCCGAGGCCCUGAUACCCAGUCUAGAGAGUUCCAAUCCUCUGAUUCCUUCCUUCUCAAGCAACGUUCAAGUUCAGUUUGAAGCCUCGAGAGGCCGAUAUUGUGUAGCGGCUGGUGAUAUCGCGUGUGGAGAUCUGAUCGCCAAAGACUCGUCCUAUUGUUCCAUUCUGGACUAUUCCAAAGUCCGCGAGUUCUGUUGGCAUUGCUUCAAACGACUGAAAUACGCACUCCCGUGCAAAUCUUGCACUAUCGUUUUGUUUUGUUCCGACAUCUGUCAGACCUCAAGCCAAAGUUCUCAUCGCGUCGAAUGUGGACUCUUGGGCUCUUUAUACCGAGCAAACUUCGGAGCCUGGAUCUUGGCGUUCAAAGCGAUUAUUAAGAAUCCUUUCGAAGUCGUAUCUUCUUUGAUUGAAUCUUCUGAGAACCAGAAAGCCAAUGCCAACUCCAAGCUGAGCGACGAUUCUCCUUUCAUCUCGAAGGACUUGCGAUCAUUCGACAAACUAGUAGGCCAUGAUUCCGCGGACUCCGGAACAACUACCACGUCUAAACUAGUUAAAGGUGAAGGCGACCAAACUCAACAAGCGGCUGGAUUGAUGAUGGAAGCCUUGGUGACAUUGUUCUUGUUACGCUGUUUAGAGCAUCAAGGAUACUUCCCUCCAGAAACACCUCCUUUAAGUUCAGAGAGUCCCUCAGCGGCAUUUGCAUUCGCGAGAAAGUUGAAUCACUUCAUGCGAAUAGCUUACUUCAACACGCAUGAAGUGACAACCACGGAUAAAAACGACAAUGUAUCGCCAGUCACAAGGAUCGGCCGAGGGAUCUAUCCUACUCUGGCAUUAAUCAAUCAUAGUUGUUUUCCGAACUAUCGACGAAUUUGCAUCAAUAACGUCACUCUGGGCAUCGCCAUCCGACCGAUUAAACGUGGAGAUGAAAUUGCGGACACUUAUUGUCCAACAUUUGCUUCGGUGGACAAGGAGGCACGUGAUCUGGCACUGGAGAAGUACCGUUUUGCUUGCAAUUGCUCAGCAUGUUCAAACAAUUGGCCACAAUUCGCUCACUUGAACAACAACAGUGAUGCCGUGACAAAGGCCAAACAACAUUUGUCCAAAUCGGAAGAGAAACUCCUGAAUCAAAUGAGAAAAACUCGGCAGUACAAUCACCACGCCAUUCAAACGCUACAGAAAUAUAUCACAUUCCUUGCCGAAGGUACUCAACCAUGCAAAGAGCUUGUCACGUCGGAAAAUGAAUUGUACAAUUGUUUUGUACGGAAAUACGCGGGAGAAUACACAUAAUUCAAUUGUGUUCUUAGCCAUGGUUCAAUCCCGUGCGAAAUCCGUCAUUGAUAGUGACCAAAAACAAAAGAUUCUAUGGCGGAGAAUGACAGGCUCUCUCUCUCUCACCAUGCUAAACAAGAGGAGCAACCAAAAACUACAUUCGUACAGGAUGACGUGCAAUUGAAGCAAAAGACAUGUCGGCGCUUGGUGGCGCUCCUCAUCGUCUUUUAUUGAACUACCUUGGUACUUAGAUUGAGGUGGUUGUAUUUGUGUGUAUCGGUUACAUAUAGACCCCAGCGAGGAAUAUACGUUUUAUAUUGUCAUAUUUUUUAUGUUUCCUCGGCUUAAAUGUCAUGCAUAUCUUGCUACCUUCUGACUAAAAUAAACAAUUUUCAGACUU